AAGUAAAAUAAUAAAUAAUUACAAAAGUAAAUGAAAAGUGAAGUGCUACAAAAGUGUUGAAUUCUAUUGCAAAGAGUUGAGAGGACUUUGAAGGACAAUUCGUUGAAUAAACGUGGGAGCCCGUUGAAAAACGUCGGAAACUAGUUCUUGAAAACAUCGGAAACCGUUGAAAACCCUCUGAAAAACAUUUGAAAACCGACAAAUAUCGUUGAAACUAGUUGAGUAACGUCGACACAUCGUUGAAGAACGGCGAUACAUCGUUGAAAAAUCGUUGGAAGUGCUUCAAAAACGUCGAAAACUGGUUGAAAGCCCAUUGAAAAACGUACAAAACUUGGAGAUUAGUCGAAAUUUGAUCGUUUUCUGAGCAUCUUUUUGAAUUCAAGAUUACCAGUAUGGCUUUUGCGGCAGCUCGAAUGAUACUUAAGGAUAAAAGAAGAAAAACUUCAAAGGAGGAUUUCACACCCGCAAGGAGUAAGAGCAAGGCGAGGAGUGGAAGCUCUAACAGUUUACGAAGUCUGAGCCAGGCCCGCAACAAACCAGUCGACGGCACCGGCCAUGUCAACCAGAAAGGCGCUGCCAACCAGGCAAAAUCGGGGGCGGGGCUAGCUCACGGUCACGCCCACCUGGGCAGCCAAGUACAUCCGGCCACGCCCACUCACCAUCCGGGCCACGCCCACCAUCAUCGUAGCCACGCCCACCAUGUGGAUCAGCCAGUGCGGGUCAGCCGGUCGCAUUCUCAUCACUCGACUGGAGGUCAUUCCACCGGAUCGUUGACUCCCGUUAAGAAGCCGCCGUCUGCUCAGAAGGGACAGGUGAAGACAGGUUCACAGCCGGGCAAACAAGUGUCGACCCCUAAGGACAACAAGGAGGUGUUGACCCCUGCCAGACAGACGCCCCCCCAGGCGGCCCCUCCAGCUAAGACAGCCGCCGCAAAGAAGAAUGACAAGAAGAAACGACAUCAGCAGUACGAUUUGGUCGUCACCAUUGAUUUGAAUGAAUACGGAUUGACAGAGGACCAGGUUGCAGAGUACAAGGAAGCAUUUAUGCUAUUUGAUAAGGACGAGGACGGGCAGAUCACUAUGACAGAGCUAGGAGUCGUUAUGAGGUCUUUGGGCCAGAGGCCAACCGAAACAGAGCUGCGUGAUAUGGUAAACGGAGUGGACCAGGAUGGUAACGGUACGAUUGAGUUCAACGAAUUCCUGCAAAUGAUGUCGAACAAGAUGAAGGGUGCUGAUGGCGAAGAUGAACUACGGGAGGCUUUCAAGGUAUUCGACAGCGACAACGAUGGACUAAUCUCUUCGAUAGACUUGCGUCACGCCAUGACCAACUUGGGCGAGAAACUCACUGACGAGGAAGUUGAUGAUAUGAUCAAGGAGGCCGACUCUGACGGCGAUGGCAUGGUCAAUUAUGACGAGUUCGUCACAAUUCUAACAUCCAAGAAGUAGGAUUUCCAAAAGCACCCAGAUGUCGCCACUUGUGUGCAAAAAUUGUAAAUAGAUACAACAACAAAAAA